UGCAACAACAAACUCGCAGUGAGCGGGUGUCACGGCCGUGCCAUGCCCAACUGAUGCGCUGAGGCUCAAUAGGCCGAGAGGGCCUCCGGUUUGCAUGGGCAAAAAACGUGAGGAGAAGGCCAAGGAGGAUGAGGAUAAGCCGUUGCCCCCUGCAAAGUCGAUCUUUGAGGUGAAAGAGGCCUCUGGCAGCGCUCGCUGCGGGGAGCUCCUCGGGCGGGCGACGCCCUGCUUCACGCAGCUCACAAGCCGCGGCGUGCCCUUGUGCUUGAGACCGGAGGUCCUGCAGUCUAUGAUGGAGGCUCAUCCCUUCCUCUACCAGCUGCCGGUGUGCGACCUUCUUCUGCGCCAGGAGGGCGUCUCCCAAUGCCCCGACGCAUCCUCCGGCUGCCGCGGCUUUUGGCCCCACCUGAAGCCUUUGACAUACUGCUCCUUCCGGAACCCGCGGCACAAUCCCUCCAUCUUCGGGGGCGAUGCCGUUUGCAGUGUGGAGACGGCGGGCGGCCGCCGCAAGGUUGGGGCGAAGGAGCUGCUCCAGAUCCAGAAGGUGAUGCGUGUGGACCUCCUGGCAGCACCUGGCGAGGAGGUGACUCUGGAUAUCACCGCGCCGCGGCGAGGGCAGCGCGCCGUGGCGCGCGCGGCAGAAUGGCUCAAGGAGAUCUUGGAAGCCAAGGCAGCAGGAGACGAUCUAGGCUUCGAGUGGCACGUCCUGGCCAGCAUCCAGGGCGGUGCUGAUGUCAAGUUGCGGCAGAAGGCCGCUGAGGGUGCCGCAGCCAUGCCGGUGGCAGGCUACUGGAUCGGAGGGCUCGGCUACAGCGAGCCCUUGCCGCAGCGCGCGGAGGUGCUCCAGGCCUGCGUCGCCGCGCUCCCGGAGGCAAGGCCCCGGUUCUUGCCGCUGAACCGGGGCACGCCCAUUGAGGUGCUGCAGGCCGUCCUGCUGGGUGUGGACGUGCUGGAGGUCACAUACCUCUGGGAGGUGGCCUCCUCUGGCAUUGCGCUGACCUUUGACUGGGAGAUGCCAGGAUCGGAAGAGGGCGCCGACCUGGAGGUCCUGAAGAGUCUCCAGCCGCAGUCGGAGAAAGAUCCCCCGCCGGCAGUGAGGCAGCUCUGGCUCCGGGCUCCCGAGUGCCGCGAGGACUUUGGCCCCAUCAGCGAGACAUCGCCAGUGCGGCAGUACUCGCGUGCGUAUUUGUACCACCUCCACGAGGUGCAUGAGCUGCUUGGAACCAUGCUGCUGGCGCAGCACAACCUCCAUGUGUACCUCAAUUUCUUCGAGGCGAUCCGAAGCCACAUCCGGCAAGACACGCUGCAGCGUUUUGCCGCCUGGUUCCUGCGCACGCAGACCUGCGCGGCGCCAGAGAAGGACCAUCAGACCGUGCGCCCAGCAAAGCGACAGAAGAUGUAGCGGAUGGCCUGUUGGAG